AGCUUCCGCAGGUUCACAGCCUUAUACCCUGCCUUCCACAGGCUAGAAGCUCUGUCCGGACACUGAAAAGGAUGGCUGAGCCUCCCCAGUCAUGUGACUGCUUUGUGUCUUUGCCUCCUGGAUCCAAAGAGGAUCAUGUGAUAUUUGGUAAGAAUUCUGAUCGCCCACGAGAGGAGGUGCAGGAGGUUGUUUACUACCCCGCCUCCUCCCAUCCCUCUGGAGCUCAGGUGGAGUGUACAUACAUCUCUAUCCCCCAAGUGGAACACACGCAUGCCGUGGUUCUGAGUCGACCCGCUUGGCUGUGGGGGGCAGAGAUGGGAGCCAAUGAGCACGGAGUCUGUAUUGGAAAUGAGGCGGUUUGGACCCGAGAGCCUGUCAGCCCGGGCGAGGCCCUGCUGGGGAUGGAUUUGGUCCGUUUGGGGCUGGAGAGGGGGGACAGUGCAUGGACUGCCCUGAACGUCAUUACGGAGCUGCUCCAGCAGCAUGGACAGGGAGGGGCCUGCAGGGAGGACCCUGAACCCUUCAGUUACCACAACACCUUCCUGCUGGUGGACCGGAGAGAGGCCUGGGUUCUGGAGACGGCCGGGAAACUGUGGGCGGCCCAGAAAAUCACGGAGGGAGUGAAGAACAUCUCUAAUCAGCUGACGAUAGGCGCGGACAUCUCUGCCGAGCACCCGGAGCUGCGCAGCGUGGCCCAGGCCCGGGGCUGGUGGAGCGGAGAGGGGGAGUUCAGCUUCACCGCCGCCCUCAGUCCUGACCAGCCCCCCGCCCGCAUGGAACUGGCCAAGCAGCGCUACAGGGGGGGCACCGCCCUGCUCCGCCAGCACGACGGCUCUGUGACAGCAGAGGUGAUGAUGGGCAUCUUGAGGGACAAGGACAGUGGGAUCUGCAUGGAUUCCGGAGGUUUCCGCACCACGGGCAGCAUGGUGUCCAUUCUCCCGCGAGACCCCACUCGGCCCUGUGUACACUUCUUCACUGCCACCCCGGACCCCUCCAGGUCUGUCUUCAAACCUUUCAUUUUUUCGGAGUGCGUGAGUCCAGUCGCCAUGGUAAUAUCCCCACAGUAUGGUCCUGAUGAUCCGGUGCGGAAGCAGCCACGGUUCCAGCACAAAGUGGAUCGGCAGCAUGAUCUGUACCGAGCACACCAGGCCGCGGUGAAGAGCAUGGAGUCGGACCCGGAUGUGGGAGCCUCUCUCCAGGAGAUCAUGAGGUAUCUGGAGUCUCAGUGUCUUCAGGACAUUGAGGCAAUGCUGAGAGGAGACCUGCAGGGACAGGAACUUGGAGACCUGUUCUUUGACUGUGUAGACACAGAGCUGAAGUUCUACCAGUGAGCUAGAUUAGGGCACCUGUGAUGAGCGCUAGCACUUGCUGACCUGCUGGAGGGGAGCCGGCCCGUGUGUUGGAUCUGUCCCGUCUCUCCGAGGUCCCGGUCACCACGCAGCACAUGUCCUGCCCAUGCAACACUAACUGUAACUGUGUAAACUAGAUGUCUUAUCUGAAUGAGAAUGGAGCACCAUAAUCAUGUGUAAUUGUUGCACAAGGUCGUACCUGCACCAUCCCGAUGAGUAUGUGAUAGAGAACUGAAGCUGUGAACAUACUGUGUGUAUCGCCGUGUGAGAACAUUAGUGAAACAUUCUAAGCAUUCCUGUAAGUGCAUGGGGGCCCAGCUGCCUGGCUGGCUCCCGAUAGACUAAGUCAAUAAAAGUAUAAAC